UAAAAACAACACUAUUUACAUAAUUAUAUGCAUAAUUAUUCUCAUUAAAGAAACGAUAUGAACAGCUAAGAUUAAGUCAAAACUAAUUAGUAAAGAUAAGGGUAAAACUGUAAUCGUUUUUUAAAUUAAUAAGUGAACCAUUUUUACUAGUAUCAUUUACCAGUUGUUAGUUCGUUUGAUUUAUUCGUCCAGAACAGUUUAAAAAAUGUUCCAACCUCUUAUAUUCAUUAUUUUAUUUGUUUAUGGUAGUUGUUUAACACCAAGUCUUAUUAAAAAUUUAACGUAUAAUAAAUAUUAUAGAUUUUAUAUUGAUAAUAGUCUGGAAUAUAUAUUGCAGUAUGAAAAUAAUUCGUUUAUAACACCACUAAGGAUUACUACAAAAUGUAUGAACUCAUCAAAAAAAUUUCCCUUAAUGGCUGUAGUCAGACAGAAAAAGGAAAUUCUGUCCUGGCAGUUACCUUUAACUGUUAUUAGUGAUUCAGGAGGAUUAGAUUUUUACACAAUUUCUAGAACACUAUGUCCAAAUAUUGUUGAAAAUUUAACAGUUUCAAGGAAUGUUUUUAAAGGGGCAAAAAGCUUAGAAUUUUCUAAUGGAGUUAAUGAUGCCCCAGUGAUAUCAUUUUCAACAGCAUCUGAAGAAAUCAUUUCAUUCAGUGUAGAAGUAACAGAUGAAACGGAUUUUUACAUUGACCUAGGAAAGCAGUACAAUAUUACAAUCUCACCCAGUGAACCCAGAUAUUAUUUCUAUACUUUUCAUCAAAAUGUAACAGUUAAUGAUAAAUACAAUUUGAAAACGGUGAUUUUGGAAGUUAAUUCAGAUGAUUUAAUUUGUAUGACUAUUAGUAUACAAAAUGCCUCUUGUCCUAUUUAUGAUCUCAAUAAUGACAUUAAAUACCAGGGCCUUUGGGAAACUAUUGACCUAAAAGGGGGCAUCACAAUUUCAAGUCGACAGUUCCCUGCAGGAUUUUUUAUAGUUAUGGUGGCACAUGCCGAUGAUUCAAUAUGCAUGGGGUCAACUUCUAUUCUAUCAAAAGAUAGAACAAAAAAGCUUACAUUCACGAUAAAACCGAGUAUUUCUUUCGUAGAAUAUGCUGAAGCAGUUACUUUUACAUUUCUUAUUAUCAUAGCAUUUUACAUAGUUUUCAAUGUUUCACUAUUCUGGUAUUGGAGGCGUAUACACAAACCAAGAGCUAUGGAAUCGAUUGAUGAAAGUGAACCAGAAGCAGAAAAUGGGGCCAGAACGCCUAGUACUACAGUGGCUGAUGAUGUCGACAAUAUAUCAUUUGAUGAAACAGAAUAUGACACAAUUACAGAAGCACUAAAUGAUAAAGAAGUUAUUUUGGGAAAGCCAGUUUUAUAUCUAAAAGAUUUGGCAAGAAAAGACCCACGGAUACUAAAAAAGAAAUCUUAUCUUUAUUUGUGGCAUGUCUUAACUGUUGCUCUGUUUUAUGGUCUCCCUGUAGUGCAGUUGGUCAUCACAUACCAAAACGUCUUAAACGAAACAGGGAACCAGGAUUUAUGCUAUUAUAACUUCUUGUGUGCUCAUCCUUUGGGAAUUCUGAGCGAUUUUAACCAUUUAUUUUCAAAUAUUGGCUAUGUAAUGCUGGGAAUUCUUUUUCUGAUAAUAGUUAGAAGGAGAGAAAGGCAGCACAACGAUAUUAAUUUUGAUAAGUACUAUGGUAUUCCACAACAUUAUGGCUUGUUCUAUGCUCUUGGAGUUGCCCUUAUUGCCGAAGGAGUUCUCUCAGGAAGUUAUCACAUAUGUCCAAACCAUUUAAACUUUCAGUUUGACUCGAGCUUCAUGUAUAUAAUGGCAGUACUUUGUAUGGUAAAAUUGUAUCAAACAAGACACCCUGAUAUAAAUGCAACUGCUUAUGCCACAUUUGGGGUUCUAGCUGUGGCUAUAUUUUUAGGGAUGAUCGGAGUAUUAGAAGCAAACAUAUACUUUUGGAUUUUAUUUACAAUACUCCACAUAAUUACUUGUUUUAUAUUAACCGCCCAACUUUAUUAUUUAGGAAAUUGGAAGUUCGAUAAGGGUAUGGUCAGAAGGAGGUUUCAAAUUAUUGCCAAUGAUUUCAGAUCGGGUCCUUUAAAUAUAUUGAAGCCUCUACAUCGAGGCAGAAUGGUACUUUUGAUACUAGGAAAUAUUGUAAAUUGGCUUCUGGCCGGUUAUGGAUUGUAUAAACACGAAAAAGAUUUCGCCUUGUACCUUUUGGCCAUUCUACUAUGCAAUACCAUGCUCUAUUUCCUAUUCUACUUAGUAAUGAAGGUACUUCAUAAAGAAAAAAUUAACGUGCAAACAAUUCUAUUUCUGACAUUGAUGCUAACAUGUGCCGUGUCAGCUAUGUAUUUCUUUAUACACAAGUCUAUCUCAUGGGAGCUGACACCAGCUCGAUCGAGAAGGUAUAACCAGGAGUGUAAAGUAUUUCAAUUUUACGAUUACCAUGACGUGUGGCAUUUUUUGAGUGCUACUGGUAUGUUUUUCACAUUUAUGGUGCUUCUUACUUUAGACGACGAUUUGUCGCACACUCACCGAUCCAAAAUUUCGGUUUUUUAAAAAUAAUUCUAACAUAAAUUGUUCACAAAGAAAGUGUAUUUUAUUGUGCAAAUAGCGCUCACAUGUUGUUUUUGUUUUUCUUCUAUUAUUGUUUUUAGAAUUCAAAAUUGCAGGACAGUUUAUGGAAAAAUAAUCUAUUUUUUUACAAUUCAGUUAAUCAUUUUUUUUUGUUUUUGUUAUUAUUUAUGUUAUUAUGUAUUAGCAGAGUAUGACAUUAAUGUAAUUUUUUAAAGUUGUGAUAAUAAUCAGUGUUGUUGACUUGAUAGAUUGUAAAAGUAUGUUUAUAUUUUCCGUUUUUCUAUAUAAAUAGCAAAUAAACCAUUUCAGUUCUUUAAC